AUGAAUUAACAAAGAAAAGAGUUUGAAAAAUAUUUUUAUCCUCUUUACCAACAUUAUCAUUAAUAGCAUAGUGGCUUUAAACUUAGGGAGGCAAACUUUAGUUAUCAAAGAAAGAUAUAAUACUUUAAAGGAGAGGAUUUCAUUAAAUUCACAACUGCAAAUUUUGAGGAAAUUAAGGGGUUAGUUCCAUUAACUGAUAAAAAGAAGGACGCAGCAUAAAUUGCUAAAUACCUAUUAGAAUGCAAAAUUAUUUGGAGAAUCGAUAGACACACUAAUGACCCAAAGAAAAAGUGGCCAAAAUUGGUUACCUUAGUUAGAGAUUAAACUUUUGUAGAAGAUGGGUUCUACACUUGGAGUAUAGAUGUCAAGAACAAAAUGAACUCAAUUAAGUUGGCUGCCAUUUUACUUGGUGUAUUUUUAAUCUGUCUCUUUCCAAUAUGGCCUUUUUCCUUUAAAUACGGCAUAUUUAAGUUUACAAUAUAUCUGCUUAUAUCGUUAAUUGGGCUUUAAGUUGGUAGAUUGUUGCUAUAUUCAAUAAUAAGAUUAUUUGGAUAUGAAUUCUGGAUUUUGCCAAAUAUCAAUGAUGAUUCUUAUGGAAUACUAGGCUCAUUUUUACCUAUUUAUUCAAUUUCGAAAUAUUCAGAUGGAAAAUUGGAGAUAGCACUUCGAUUAGUAGGAUUGGUGGCAUUUUUUAUGUUGAUUUUUGUAAUAGUUUAAGAGCCUCAUCAUCUCACCCAUAUAACAGAUGCUACUGGAUAAACAUUAGAUGAUGUUUUCUAAUGGGGAAAAGAAAAAAUGGAAGGAAAAUAAGAACCCUUGCAUAGAAGAGCAAUCCCAGAUUUAAGUGAAUUGAUUAAGUAAGCAGAGGAGGAUUCAAAUAAUGCUCAAAAUGUACUUCAAGAUGAAAAAUUGGAAAAACCUGAAGUUUAAAAUGAUUUGUGAAUAUAAAUUUUAGUAUUUUUGAUAAUAGGUUAUAUAAAAUAUAGGUUAA